AAAUAAAUCGUGUUAAAUGGGAGUGAGGACUUUGUUUGUUUUCUUACAUGUUUGGUCUAGAUCCAAACAAACCCAAGUAGGGAUUCAAAUUUUGGAGUAAAAACUCCACAAGAAAACAGGAUACGAGUCAUACAACCAAAUAGAAUUCAGAAUACGUGCCUCUUCAGAUGAAUCACAUGAUCAUCAACUAACAAUUAGGGUUUAGAGAAAUCCCAACUUUAUCAAGGGUUCAAGCUAACAAUGGCCGAGCUGCAGUGAAACCAAAAUUGUUAUGAUUGGACUCUGAUUGACCUGAAGAACAGAGGAUUUAGAAUCUGGAAAUUGUGAAGUUUUUAUUUUAAGAGAGAUAGAGAGAUCACGGGUUUCAGUUCAUAUGCUGUUCUGAAGCAUUCGAUCGUAAAACAUAAAGUCAACAAACAACAAUGGCGAGAUGGUCUGGCGGUUUUAGAUGCUUGCUUCUUCUCGUUGCAAUCGCCUUCAUCUAUACCCAGGUGAGGCUGUUUAAGGCCCAGUCUGAGUAUGCAGACAAAAUUGCAGUUGCAGUGGAAGGGGAAAAUCAUUGUACAAGCCAGAUGCGAUUCUUGAUUGAUGAGAUAAGUAUGCAGAAACAAAAGGUGGUGGUUUUGGAAGAAAAAGUGAGACGCCAAGAAGAGGAGUGUGAACAAUUGAGGACACUUGUUCAAAAUCUUGAAAAGAAAGGAGUCAAAAGCUUGUUUGAACAAGUAAAGGCACCAGUUGCAGCUGUUGUUAUUAUGGCUUGCAAUCGUGCUGACUAUUUGGAAAGGACUAUUAAUUCUAUUUUUAAGUAUCAUAGCACUGUUGCAUCAAAAUUUCCGGUUUUUGUAUCCCAGGAUGGGUCAAAUUCUGAUGUUAGAACAAAGGCUAUGAGUUACGAUCAGUUGACCUACAUGCAGCACUUGGAUUAUGAACCAGUGGAUACUGAAAGGCCUGGAGAAUUAAUUGCAUAUUACAAGAUUGCACGCCACUACAAAUGGGCACUGGAUCAAUUGUUUUACAAACAUAAUUUUAAUCGGGUCAUCAUACUUGAAGAUGAUAUGGAAAUCUCUCCUGACUUUUUUGAUUAUUUUGAGGCUGGAGCAGACCUCCUUGACAAAGAUAAGUCCAUUAUGGCUAUCUCUUCAUGGAAUGACAAUGGGCAAAAGCAAUUUGUGCAUGAUCCUUAUGCAUUAUAUCGUUCAGAUUUCUUUCCUGGUCUUGGGUGGAUGCUAUCUAAACCUACAUGGGAUGAGUUAUCUCCAAAGUGGCCAAAAGCAUAUCCUUUUAUAAAUUCUUAUUUCCAGUUUUCAUGCCGACAGUUUAUUCGUCCUGAAAUUUCCAGAACAUACAACUUUGGUGAGCAUGGUUCUAGUUUGGGCCAGUUCUUCAAUCAAUACCUGAAACCUAUUAGGCUGAAUGAUGUCACGAUUGAUUGGAAGAAGAUGAACUUGACAUACUUAAUGGAGGAUAAAUAUGUAAACCAUUUUGCAAACAUGGUGAAAGAUGCAAAGCCUCUUUAUGAACCAAAUCUUGUUCUAAAGAUAAACAAUGUAGAUGGAGAUGUGCGUAUACAAUAUAGAGAUCAAACAGAUUUUGAAGACAUUGCUCGCCAAUUUGGCAUUUUUGAAGAAUGGAAGGAUGGUAUACCAAGAACUGCGUAUAAAGGAGUUGUUGUUUUCCGAUACAAAACAAUUAGGCGAAUAUUCCUGUGUAAUAUGAUAUUGAAAAAAUUGAUUUAG